CUCAACACAUGUUCUAUCCUGCCACGCACAGGAUAGAACACUAAUGAUAUAUAUGGUACGCAUAGCUCAACCUCCGCACGCGCACGCAGCGUGCCGCCUCCUUGUGUUGGCCUCUUCCCUUGCUGCGCUUCACAAGUCUUUCUUUCCCUGCAGUACUUAACCUGAUAGCAUAGCUGACUAGAGAGAGAGAGAGAGAGAGAUGGAAGCUAUGAACAAGUGGUUGGCAUUCUCCCUCUCCGGCGGCGGCCAUCGCCACCCAGAACUGCAGCCGUCUGCAGCCACCGAUCCUGCCAUUUCCACAUCAGAUUGGAGUAUGAAUGGGGAAGGUGAAGAUGUGAACUGCAGGAGGACUCAGUACUCCUCGGCAUCACCUUCGUCAGGAGAUCAGCUGUCUAUGCUUAUGCGUGGUCACGCUGCUGCUGGUUCCUCCUCAUGCAACGGCGACAGAAACAGCAAUAUUAUUAGGGAACAUUAUGAACAACUGGAAGCUCCCAAGCUCGAAAAUUUCCUCGGUCAGCACUCCUUCACCCAGUGUAACCCCUAUGCAGCUGCUUGUACUGAUCAGGACACAAGCCAUCGUGGUUACUUGGCACCGUAUAACCCAGGCAACAACCACCACAACAGCUGUUCAACCUCAGGGGAUGCCAUGGCGGACACAAACAGUUGUAGCCUUGGCGGCAAUCACCCGAAUAACGGUUCGUCAUCCAUUGGACUCUCCAUGAUCAAGUCAUGGUUGAGGAACCAACCCCUGGCUCCGGCAGCUCCUCCUACCCAUGAUGAUAACCGCCAGCAGCUCAUCAUCGAACACAGUAACGGCAACAGUGCCCAAAAUAAUAACCUGUCACUCUCGAUGAGCGGCGAGACAGAUUCACAGUCACAGUCGAGCUCCGGCACUCCUCUCCCCCUACUCACUCCGACAGUCUCUCGCGGUGCCGCUACUCCACUACCAUCUGAUCAUGGCCAUGAUAACAGUGAUAGCAAUAAAAAUGAUAAGCUGCAACCGGACAGCGAACCAAUGGAAGUAGUUCCCCGCAGAUCUCUAGACACCUUUGGACAGCGAACCUCGAUCUACCGUGGCGUAACAAGACACAGGUGGACUGGAAGAUAUGAAGCUCAUUUAUGGGACAAUAGCUGCCGAAGAGAGGGACAAACUCGAAAGGGAAGGCAAGUAUAUCUGGGAGGGUAUGACAAGGAAGAGAAGGCUGCAAGAGCUUAUGAUUUAGCCGCAUUGAAGUAUUGGGGAACCAAUACUACCACCAAUUUCCCGAUAAGCAAUUACGAGAAAGAGCUGGAAGAAAUGAAGCACAUGACGAGGCAGGAGUUUGUCGCGUCCCUUAGGAGGAAGAGCAGCGGCUUCUCUCGCGGCGCAUCCAUCUACAGAGGUGUCACCAGGCACCACCAGCACGGGAGAUGGCAAGCAAGGAUUGGAAGGGUAGCUGGGAACAAGGACCUCUACUUGGGAACUUUCAGCACGCAGGAGGAAGCAGCAGAGGCGUACGACAUUGCGGCCAUAAAGUUCAGGGGCUUGGAUGCGGUGACAAACUUCGACAUGAGCAGGUACGAUGUCAAGAGCAUACUCGAGAGCACCAGUCUGCCCAUUGGAGCCGCCAAGCGUUUAAAGGACGUCAGUGAUCAUCCUCGCCACGUUCAUCAAGCCAUAUCGACGGAUAUCCUGCAGGGUAAUGGCUCUCACGAGAACAACCCCAGCAGCGCCGCGGCAAUGAUGCUUAAUGGGAUCAACAGCUACAGCCACGCAGGAGGGUGGCCUUCCAUGGCCAGAGCCGGCUUGAGCUACCAACAAGCCCCUCUAGGCGGCAACUUCCUGCUUUACGGACACGGACAGUCGAUGCAGAGGAUCUGGGGUUGCAAGCAAGAGCAGCAGGACCAAGAAGCAGGUGACAACUCUUCAUCUGAUCAUCGUCACCAUCACAUCUACAACUCGGGAAUCAGCGGCACAACCCACAACUUCUUCCAGCCCCUCGCCAGCGGCAGCAAUUCGAUAAUGUUGCCCCAUGAUUACCUCACGAACUCUGCUGCAGUCUCCAAUCCUGACUUCCAGGUUUUAUCUACCGCCUAUGCAAGCAAUGCUACUGCUUACGGAUCAGUACCUGAUCAUCAUCAUGAUCGGGAGGGCAGUGACACCCAUCGCAGCAUAAUGUACGCAUCUGUGACUCCUGAUCAUGAUCCAGCUUACAGCAGUUACCAGGUAGCAGCUGUUGCCAGGAGCCUAUACCAGAGCCAACAGCAUUCAUCGGAUGAGCCGAGCAGCAAUAAUUACACCAGUUGGGUCCCAACUGCGAUUCCCACAGUGAGUUCCUCAUCAUUGAACACUUCAGCCAGAUCAUCUCCAGCCAGCAACGUGAACGUGUCCCUCCAUUGCCAUGAUGCUCCGGCUUUCACUGUGUGGCCCGAAUGACCCUCCUGAAUCACCUAUAGCUUCUCCGAGCUAUAUAUAGCAAUCGAUAUCAUGUAUACACGUCCAAUCCCGACUGAUUGUCUUCGACUUCACUGAUAUGAAACAGAGGAAGGAUAGGUUGAGAUGAUCUCUUUAAUUAGUUCUAACUUCAGUAGUUUGCAGCUUGCCCUGCAGACACCUUAGGGGGUCUCUCUUUGAAGUUCAUGCAAUAGCAUAUGAUCUUCAUUUGCUAUGAUUUUGGGAAAACUUCAGAGAUUCGAAUGAGACCCCUCGGAUACUUUUUCUUUUCACUUUUGGCCCUUUCCUUUUGUUCUUCUUCGAUUGAACCCAACUUUGUAAUUUUCCCCCUCGACUUAGAGAUAUACAAAGAAUGAGUAAUUUACUUUACUUUUCUAUCAA